AUGUCCGAGGUCAAGCACACACACGAGCACGUCGAGCACGCCAUGGUCCACGACUCGUACGCCGUCGACAAGGACAACACGCCCGUCACGGUCCUCGGCACCAUGGGCCAAGAUCCCGACCACGCAGAGCGCAUCAGCUGGCGCACGUGGUUCAUCGUCGCGCUCUGCGCACUCGCUCAGAUGCAGAACACCUUCAUCUCGGUUGCGCCGGCCGCGGCGGCGUACAGCAUCGCCGGUGCGCUCGGCGGGUCGACGGGGCAGCGCAUCUGGAUCAUCCAGGCGGCAUCCGUGCCCAGCAUCGUCACGGGCCCAAUUUUCGCCAUCAUCUCAGACGUGUACGGCCGGCGGUACCUCAUCAUCAUCGUCUGGCUCAUCUUCUGCGCGAGCGCCAUCGUCGGCAUGACCGCGACGAGCAUGAACGCGCUCAUCGGAGCUCAGGUCGCAGGCGGCAUGUGCAUGGGCAUCAGCGGCAUCAUGUACGGCCUCGCCGGCGAGAUCAUGCCGAGCGUGUACAGAGCGUGGAGCCAGACCAUCGUCAACACCGUCGCCUGUCUCGCGUCGGUCAUCGCCUUGAUCGGCAUGGGCUCGGCCAUCCAGAACGACCCGAUCGACGGCUGGAGGUGGAUCUGGCGCACGGCCCUCAUCAUGAACGGCGUCCUCUUCCUGGGGUUCGCGUUCUUCUACUUCCCGCCUCCUCGCACGAUCAGCAACCUGUCGCUGUGGGGCAAGGUCCGCAGCCUCGACUGGACCGGUUACUUCUUGCUCAUCAGCGGGCUCGUCCCGCUCCUCAUGGGCCUCGCCUGGUCGUCCGACCCCGGGUACGGGUGGCACGACAUGCACAGCUACGUCCCUGUCGCCAUCGGCUGCGCCGGUCUCGUCGCCUGCGGCCUCUAUGAGUGGCGCGGCACCAAGGUCGGCUUCAUCCACCACAAACUCUUCGAGAACGGCCGCAACUUCCCGCUCGCCCUCUUCCUCGUCGCCGUUGAAGGAGCGAUCUUUUACGAGAUCAACAACAUCUACCCUGCCGAGGUCAACGCGCUGUGGGCCCCGCCGGGCUCUCUCGAGGCGAGCGCCAAGCUCCUCCCCUUCUUCCUCAUCCUCGUACCCGUCGCGCCGUUCAUGGGCUGGUACGUCACCAAGACCAAGGACCUCAAGUGGCCCUUGUGCGCCGGCUUCCUCUUGUUCGGCGCGGCGACGGUCGGCCUCGCCAUGAGCGGGCUCAACUCGGCGGCCGGCGUUGCCUGGAACGGCGUCGCCGGUCUCGGGUUCUGCGCGCCCCUUAUCCUCCUCAUGUCGGUCGUUCAGCUCUCGACACCUCCCCUCUUCAUCGGCGUCGCGUCGGCCCUCGUCAUCUCGGUCCGCACCCUCGGCGGCUCGGUUGGCUACGCCAUUGCCUCGGCCAUCUACGGCGCCCUCACGAACGACCAGAUCCCGGCCAACAUUCUCAAGGCCGUCGUGCCCCUCGGCUUCGACCCGUCGAACAUCGGCGCCCUCAUCGUCGGCCUCACGACCGGCCAGGGCAUCGCGACCAUCCCGGGCGCGACGGGUCAGGUCCUCGGCGCCGCCUCGGCCGCGCUCAAGGAGACCGAGGUGCACGGCUACAAGAUCGUCUGGUUCGUCUUUCUCCCGGGCUGCAUCAUCGCCGCCAUCGGCUCGGCGUUCCUCGUCAACCCGAGGGAGCGCAUGAACUGGGUGGUCGACGCGCCUCUCAACGCCCACGUCCCCAUCGACGGCUCUGGUGCCGCCGAGAAUGGCGAGUCGGCCGAAACGGCGAGUCAGGAGAAGGCCUGA